AUGCAGGAAAUUGGUAAGUUCAAGAUGGACGUCAACGUGAUUCCAAAUAAUAUGGAAAAAUAUAUUUCAUUCUCACUAGGUAAAAAUCUGGUCUUCAUAGACUCUAUACAAUUUAUGGCUUCCUCACUGGAAGCACUGGUGAGCAACCUCUUACCUGAGGACUUCAAGAUAGUAGGUGAGAGGUGGAAGGGUGAGGACUUCAAUUUAGUGACACAGAAAGGAGUCUUUCCAUAUGAAUUCUUGGAUGACAUUAGCAAACUUGAUACAGAAGGUCUUCCGAGUAAGGAUAAGUUCUACUCAUCACUGUAUGAGUCAGAAGUGAAGGAAGAAGAUUACCAAAGAGCUCAAAAGGUAUGGGAUCACUUUGGAAUGAAAACCAUGAGAGACUACCACGAUCUCUACCUGGAGACCGACGUUCUUCUGUUAGCUGAUGUGUUUGAAAACUUCAGGAGAACAUGUCUGGAAAAUUACAAACUAGACCCUGCACAUUACAUGUCAGCACCUAGUCUAAGUUGGGACGCUUUUCUAAAACAGUCAGGUGAAGAAAUAGAACUUGUAAGUGAUAUGGACAUGUUUCAGUUCUUCGAGAAGGGUAUGAGGGGUGGUAUAAGUUAUAUUGCCCACAGACACUCAACAGCCAACAAUAAGUACAUGGAAACGUACGAUGAGUCGUCUGAGAGUAAGUACUUGAUGUACCUCGACGCUAACAAUUUAUAUGGUUGGGCAAUGUCACAAUCACUACCUAACGGAGAAUUUGAGUGGGUUGAAGAAGUUAAUAACAUAAACAUAGAUGAUUACCUAGAAAACAACAAAAGAGGAAUGGUUUUAGAGGUUGACUUAGAAUAUCCACAAGAACUUCACAAUUUACACAACGGUUAUCCUCUAGCACCUGAGAGUAAAAAAAAUAGUGCCUCUAUGUUGUCAGAUUAUUCGAAAAGCAUUGCUGAGAAAUUCCAACUAACAAUUGGAGGAGUAAAAAAACUGGUGACUUCACUAGAACACAAAAAGAAGUACGCUUUACAUGUACGUAAUUUGAAACUGUAUAUGGACCUCGGAAUGAAACUUACAAAGAUCCAUAGAGCGGUUACAUUCAAACAGUCUCCCUGGCUUAAAAACUAUAUAGACUUCAAUACAAAGAAAAGGUCAGUAGCUCGUAACACGCUCGAAAAGAACUUCUUCAAGUUGAUGAAUAAUUCGAUUUACGGAAAGACUAUGGAAAAUCUUAGGAAAAGGGUUGAUGUAAAACUAGUGCCCUCCGAAGACGACCUCCUAAAACUGACGGCAUCACCGUGCUUCCAGUCACAUCGAAUUAUGAAUGAGAACCUUAUAGUUGUAAAAAGAAUGAGAGAAGUUCUAACGCUAAAUAAACCGUGUUACGUAGGAAUGAGCAUCUUAGACUUAUCCAAGACAUUAAUGUAUGAUUUCCACUACAACACAAUUAAGAAGGAGUACGGUAACAGGUCAAGGCUACUGUUUACUGAUACAGACAGUUUAAUGUACGAACUUAGAACGAACAAUGUUUAUGAGGACUUCAAGAGGAUUGGUGAAAGGCAGGACUGUUGGGACAACUCAGAUUACCCAAAAGAUUCUCCGUACUACUCAGACCACAACAAGAAGGUUAUAGGUAAGUUUAAGAAUGAAGCUGAAGGAGUACCCAUAAUCGAGUUCGUUGGGUUAAGAGCAAAGAUGUACUCAUACGUUAAGGAAAACGGUGGAGGCGGAAUGACCGCUAAGGGAGUUAAAAAGUACGUCAUCAGAAACAAGCUCACUCACGAGAACUUUAAGAACGUAAUCAAUACUAAGGGUAGGAUGAGACACAACAUGAAUACAAUCAGGAGCAAAAAGCAUACAAUUGGAACUUACGAACUAAAGAAGGUUACUCUUAGCUGUUUCGAUGAUAAAAGAUACUUACUUGAAGAUGGAGUUACAAGUUACGCUUAUGGGCACCAAAUGAUUAAGAAGAUAGGUGUCGAAAAGACUAUUGAAGAAAAAAUAGAACCCAACUGUGUACUAGUAAGGGUUGAACCAGAAAGUGAGCACUGCAUAUUUGAAAAGACAGAACACAUCUACGAUGGGGCCCCAGAGAGUACAGCAGUACUACCUAAAAAAGCCACCACAUACUACAUACUUCAAAGAGCAAACUAUAUAUACGAGGGAGCCCCUAAAAUUACCAUAGCAAUACCUGAAAAAGCUGUCGUCACAAAGUGGAUAAGGGAAACGGAGCCAGACCACAUACUACAUGGAGUGUGGGAAAGAAGUGAGAACUCUAAUCUCGGAGUAACACUAAAAAUUGUGGAACAAGUUAAGAGGUGGAAGUUUAAGAAACUACAUCCACUAAGAAUAAUAUUGACUAGUACUGAUUGGACUAAAAACAACCUAAACACACUACCUCCAGAAUCAAAGGAGGACCUGAAAAUGUUAAUAAAACUAAAAACGCAGACGUUAGGUGUGGCACUUGUAAGAAGCAACACUAAGAAAGGACGUGGCGUAGUUCUCACAGGGUACUAG